UAUUAUUAUUAUUAAUAAUUUUUUUUUUUUUUUUUGGGGUUCCUUUUUCCCUCUUUCCCGUUAAUGCUUCACACUCCAGUCCAGUUGGUGGCGGUAAUACACCACAAGUUGGCUUGUCAACCGCCAUAAAAUCGUACAAGAAGAAGAAGAAGGACUCGGCAAGCCAUGGAUAGUUUGGGGUUCUUACGGGCGCAGUUGCCUUUAACAGUGUUAUUGUCAUGUAUGUUUACAUUCUCCUCCGGCAGUGAAAUGAAUUUUGUAACGUGCGGGUCGGUGGUGAAGCUGCUCAAUGUGAAACACAACGUCAGGUUACACUCUCAUGAUGUCCGCUAUGGAUCUGGUAGUGGUCAGCAGUCGGUGACCGGUGUGACCGGUGUGGAGGACAGUAACAGUUACUGGAGUGUGCGGGGCACCAGUGAUGCCGCAUGUCAUCGAGGGACUCCGGUACAGUGUGGACAGAACAUCCGAUUGACCCAUGUGAACACGGGCCGCAAUCUACACAGCCACUACUUUACUUCUCCUCUUUCUUCAAAUCAGGAGGUCAGUGCCUUUGGUGAGAACGGCGAGGGUGACCAUCUGGACGAGUGGACCGUUCUGUGUGCAGGCUCUGUUUGGCAGCGGGAUGAGUCAGUUCGGUUUCGCCACACGGCCACCGAGGCUCUGCUGUCUGUGACGGGAGAACAGUACGGCAGACCUAUCCACGGCCAGAGAGAAGUGCACGGCAUGAUGGUCAGCAGCUCACACAGCUACUGGAAAACAAUGGAGGGCGUCUUCAUGAAACCCAGUGAGAUUGGAUCCAGGGAUUUCAGCAGGCCAUUGCACACUGAGUUUUAGAGAAACGCUUCAUACAAGCUGACUCUGCUGGACUCUUUACAGUUCUAUUGUUAUGAAAAAGAGUUUUAUGAUCAAAUUGUGCCAUAUGCUUGUUUUUUAAACACUUUUAAGCAUAUGAUUUUGUAUUGCACAGCAUACACUACUGUUCAAAAGUUAGGGGUCAGUAAGGAUUAUUAAGGUUUUGACAACAAAUAUUAAACAUCACAACUGAAACACUAUAUAAGCAUAUUAGAAUGAUUUUUGAAAGAUGCGUGUUACUGAAAAUUCAGCUUGGCCAUCACAGGAUUGUCAUUCAGAGUUUAACUUAAGUUUUAACUUGAAACACAAUGCACUCACCUUUGAGAAUAUUUAAUGGCCAUUAAAAUUUUAAAAUCGUGGCCAUCUGUUUGCAUCUUACAAGUAAUAUUAAAUUAAAAAGACCAACAACAAAUCCUUAAACAAUAAAUUGGCCCACAACUGUUAUCAAAAAAAAAAAAAAUUUAAACCUGGGAUAUGAUUUAAAACCACAAAUAUGAAUUAAUUGCAUUAGCAAACAAGCUGGAAUUCACUUGAACUGCUUGAUGCUGAUCUCAGAGUGGAAACACUACAGCAUCAAUGCUACUUUAUGUUGCAACAGUAUUAACAUUAAUCUAAUUGAGAGACUUGCAGUUAUGUGGUGCUAUGUAAUGAUGUUUUAGGCUAUUUUUCUAAAGGAAGCUUUGAGUUGCUUAAAACAAAAGCUUCUAUACAGCCAUUACUAUCACACUUGCACACCUGAAUAUUACACUAGUAACACUCUGGCAAAGUCUUUUUUCCUAAGAAAAUUAUAAUUUUUUUUGUCUCUAAAUGUAUAAUUGUAAUUACAUUAAGUGCCUUUUAUAUAUGUAUACAUGUGCUAUGAUUACAUAUACUGUAGAUGCUGUAAAAUUUGAAAUGACCUGUAAAAUAUUUUUUAUUUUUUUUAUGUUUACAUGGUUGGGUUCACAGCUGUCUACCAUUUGACUUGGUAAUACAGUACAUACACAGUACCAACUGAGAAGCAUUAGUACAGAUUUUGAAGUAUUAAACAGCCUUUAGAGUGUAUUACCUCAGACAGUUUGUGUAAACAUGUUAUUUUUUAGAUGCUUUAAAUGAAAGAGAUUAUCAGAUCAUUAACAGUGCUGGUUUUUUUUUUAAUCAGAAAAACAGUAGAUUAAGUAAUUUAUUUGUCAUUUGUACAGCUGGGUUCAUUGGUGACUCAAACCCUGAUAGUAUGCAAACACAAUUGUAGUCUUAUUUGUAGAAAAUCCAAUGCUUCCCCCUACUGGCU